UGUUAUAAAAAAAUUCCAUUAAGCGAGAAUACUCCAGAAAAUAAAAAUUUUAUGAAAAAAAUAAUAUAUUGCAAUAAAAUUCUCUAUUUACAAAAUUUAUUAACAAGAAAAUAAACUUUACAGACCUUAAACAGAGUUGUGUUUUUAACGGUUAACCUUUAACAGCAGCGAGUACAGAGUCCAAAAACGCAGGCGCAUCAAUGCCCCCCGUAUUAGUAGAAGUGUAGGCGUUAAUAAAAUAAUGAAAAAAUAGUGUAUGUUUUGUAACCUUAACGUUAAAGGACACAUUCCAAAGGACAUUACCAUCAAACGCAACAAACGAAAAACAAAAAAAACAUUUCUAAAUUUUUAUAACGUAACAGAAAAUUCGUCAUUUUAAUGAAACAAAGCAAAGAUAUUGCUAAACAAGAAAUCUUAAAAAACUUUCAACAAAUUAGAAAAAACAACAAUAAAAAUCAACAACAACAAAAAACAAAAACUUAUUAUACUCAAAACAUAUCCCGAACUUAGUAUUUAUUUGUUAAAAACAAAAUUAUAAAAAAAAAAUAUUUAUUAAAAUUAGUGUUAAAAUACUAAAGUAAUCUCAUAACUAUAAAUAUAUUUAUUAUAAUAAAUUUAAGUAUUUAUAAAUCAAAAAAACAACAAAUUAUUUAUUAAAUAAUAAAAAAAUAAAUCUCAUCAUAUACAAAAUACAAAAACAACAAAUAUAACAAAAUGUCAUCAACCUCAUCGGAAUCGAAUCUUAAACACAAUAACGCCUUGUUGGCCACCGAAGAAAGUUCACAUUUAUUGGAAAAGGCUGUAAAUGGAGCUGAUAAAUAUGGCUCACAUCAAGCGGAUCAAGAUAACCUACUCGAUAAUAUGGUUCACACGACUGAAUCGAAUUCCAGAACCCUGCCACAAUAUGUGGCAGCAUUAUCAGCCGCUGGUGGAGCCUUUGCAGCCGGUACUCUCUUAGGUUGGACUUCUCCCGCUCAAGGUGAACUAACUACCGGUAAAUAUGGUUUCCCUGUCGAUGAAAAUGCCUUCUCCUGGAUUGGUUCGGCCAUGACCUUGGGUGCUGCUUUUGUUUGUGUACCCAUUGGUUUCCUUAUCAAUCUUAUUGGCCGUAAAUUAACUAUGCUGUUGUUGGUCUUACCCUUUACUUUGGGUUGGUGUCUCCUGAUCUGGGCUCAAAAUGUUGAAAUGAUGUAUACGGCUCGUUUUAUUUUGGGCAUAUCGGGUGGUGCCUUCUGUGUUACAGCACCCAUGUAUACGGGUGAGAUAGCUCAGAAAGAUAUACGCGGCACACUGGGCAGUUUCUUCCAGCUGAUGAUAACCGCUGGUAUUCUAUUUGUGUAUGCCAUCGGUGCCGGUUUAGAUGUAUUUUGGAUGAGUAUUGUUUGCGGUAUUUUACCUUUAGUAUUUGGCGCAGUAUUUGUAUUUAUGCCGGAAUCUCCUACAUAUUUGGUUUCUAAAAAUAACAAUGAAAGCGCCGUUAAAUCUAUUCAAUGGUUGCGCGGCAAGGACUAUGACUACAGAAUGGAAAUCGAAGAAUUAAAAGAGACUGAAAGAAAAAUCAAAGAAAAUCCCGUUUCUAUUGGCAGUGCUCUCAUGCGUCCCGUUACCAUUAAGGCUUUAUGCAUCAGUUUGGGUCUUAUGUUCUUCCAACAGUUGAGUGGCAUCAAUGCCGUUAUUUUCUAUUCAACCGAUAUUUUCAGGGAUGCUGAAACUGGUAUUGAUGAAAACCUCUCCACCAUUGUUGUUGGCAUUAUGCAGGUCAUUGCCACCUUUAUCUCCGUCAUGGUUGUCGAUAAAUUGGGUCGUCGCAUCUUACUCUUGGCCUCUUCCAGUGUCAUGGCCAUUUCCACCGUUGCCAUGGGUGUCUAUUUCUAUAUGAAAGAAAACGACAGAGAUUCCGUAGCCAAUCUCGGCUGGUUGCCCGUCAGCAGUUUGUGUGUAUUUAUCAUUAUGUUCUCCAUUGGUUUCGGUCCAGUACCAUGGUUGAUGAUGGGUGAAUUAUUUGCUUCGGAUAUUAAGGGUGUAGCCGGUUCCAUUGCUGGUACUUCGAAUUGGGUUUUGGCUUUUAUUGUUACCAAGACAUUUGUUAAUUUGAAAGAUGCUUUGGGUAGUGGUGAAACAUUUUGGCUAUUUGCUGGCAUUACUGUAGUGGGUGCCAUCUUUGUAUUUGUAUUUGUACCCGAAACUAAAGGCAAAAGUUUAAAUGAGAUUCAAGAUGAAUUGAGUGGUAAAACGAACAGAAAUCAAUCAAAUGGUAAUGUUAUCUAAAUCUAAAGGAUUUCAUUUACAAGAGUCUCGCCGCAAAAAAAAGCAGUCAAUCAGUUAGUUUUCUUUUUAUUUGUUUUGUAAAGGACUUGAAGCAUUUGUCCUUUAACAUAACUAUUCACAUACACACACACAUCAACCACAACACAAAAAAAAACACUGGAAAUUUAUUUUUAUUUUAUUAUUAAUUUAAAUUAUCAUUUUCUCAUUAUUUUGUCAUUUGUUAAACAUUUUAUUAUAUUUACUUUUUUUUUGUAAUUUAGUUUGGAAACGUUUAUAUAGUUUUUCUUUUUGUUCUGAUGUUUUCCUUUAAUGUUAAAGUGCAAGGAAUUUUUAAUUUGUUUUAUUUUUUUUAUGAAACAUAUUUGUUUAAUUAAUAAGAAAAGAAUUUAUGAAAAAAUACACACACUUGUAACUCUUAACAUUUUAAAGUUUACAAAAGUAAACCGGAAACGGUGUUUGUUUAACUUGUUUCUAAUUAUUUAAUUUAACUUUUAUUUGUGUGUAUUUUUUUUAUUUAUAAAAAUGUCUUAUAAUUUGUGUAAUAUUUUGUUUUUUUUUUUAAUGAAAUUUCUUUGUUUUUGUUUUAAAUUAUGUGUGCUUUUACUUUAAAAGUUUAAUAAUAAUACAACUUAAGAAAUGUAAAUAUUUAAAAAAAAGUUGUUUAAAUUAUUUGUAAUUUUGCACUCUAUAAGACUGAAAUAAUAAACAGAAAUAUAGUAUUUUUUUUAACAAUAUUUAAACAAAAGUAACAAUAAACUAUAAAAAGAGUUUUUUUUUAAUAAAAUCUUUUGAUAAUUUAACAGUUUUGUUAUAAUUUCAAUAAAAAAUUUGUUUAAAUACCAAAUAUGCUCUCUAAAACUGUUAAAUUACAUUAGUGUAAACCCCAUAACAUUCAUGUUAAAUAACAUAAAAAAAAACUUAAAGAAUUUUUGCAAUAUAUUACAAAAUCUUGCUGUUAAACUCGGGACUUUAAAACAAUUUUCUUAUAAUACUUUUAUCAAAGGUUUAUAAAUCAAAUUUUCAU